AUGGCGGAACAGGCGCGCGAGGAGUUCAUGCGCACAUUCAAGAGCUUGCUUGAAUCUGGCGACUACUCUGACUUUGCCAUCACCUGUGGAUCUGACACGUACAACGUCCAUAAGAAUGUGGUUUGCACUCGAUCGGGGUUCUUCAAGGGCGCGGAGAGGUUCACUGCUAAUCAAGGAGCCGCAACUGCCAAAGCCGAUCUCUCAGAGGAAGAUCCAGUGAUUGUAAAGCUACUUGUGCAGUACCUAUAUGAAGGCGAGUACGAUACCAAACUAGCUGACAUGACGCUUGAUACAGCCCAACCACAGGCAAAGUGUGUGAAGCGAGGAGGAUAUUCAUACGAUUUUCCACACACAUGCCUCCCAGACUGUCCGGACAACUACAGAGUCUGCCAUCAUCAUGAAUGCCGCAGCACGACCUGUAGGGAGGCAUGCGUCAACUUCGUAUGCCUAGAGUGCUGCCCUGACUGGGCCUCUGGCACAGAAUCAAAGUCAACAUCCGACGCAUCACAACUCCUCCUCAGCGCUGAAAUGUACGAAAUUGGCGACAAGUACGACGUGCUCGGAUUGAAGAAGCUCGCUCUUAGCAAAUUCUCCCUCUUAUGUGACGAGUACUGGGACGAUGUGCUGUUUGCCCCGGCCGCUCACUACGCCUUCUCCACCACACCCGAGAACGACAAAGGGCUCAGAGAUAUUGUCACCCAGACCAUUGCAGAUCAUAUGGACAUGCUCAACUCGCCAGCGGUUGAAGCGCUACUCCACGAGUUCAACGGCCUGGCCCAAAGCCAGAUUAAAACUUUCCUGGACCUUUUCUCACAACCCUUGUUACAAUCUCUUCUCCAACUCCAACGUCGUAUCGAGAACACCUACUGCGAUGGCUACUCCAGUGUCGAACGCUCAUAUGGCGAUGAUGAAGGACGCAGAAACCUGUGUAUACCUUUACGGUUGUUAGCUUCAGGCGACUACUCUGACUUCACAAUCACAUGCGGCAGUGACACAUACCGCGUCCACAAGAACAUUGUCUGCAAGCGUUCUGGCUUCUUCGAGCGCGCUGAAAGGUUUCCGCGGCCUGUUGGCGAAGAAGGAAGUGGAAGCAAAGUCGAUCUACUUCAAGACGAGCCGGAAAUCGUACGACUGCUCGUUCAGUACCUCUAUGAAAAUGAUUACGAAGUGGAUUCCGACGAGAAAUGCGAGCAGAAACGCAAGCAGAAACAGGCUGCCAUAGACCUGCGAUCGCAACGCAGCCCCGGUGGCUGUGGUUACCUCUUGAAUUUUCCUCAUAAAUGUGGUCAAGGUUGUCAUUAUCCUAGCGUUUGGGUCUGCCCGCAUCAUCGCUGCACCAGUAACUGUAUUUCAAACUGCAACUUCACAUGCAGUACCUGCUCCCCGAUUAUCGAAGGAGAAGACAUGACCGACCCGAAGUUGUUGCUCUUUCAUUCUAAGAUGUACGCGAUUGGCGACAAAUACGAUGUGGCAGGCCUCAAGGAGCUAGCACGCACAAAUUUCUGUAUGAUCAGCAACAAAGCGUGGAAAGACGAAGCCUUCACAGAAGUAGCAGACCACGUUCUCAGCAGUACACCGGAUAGUGACGCUGGUCUACGAGAUGUACUCUGCGAGAUGAUUGGAUUGUAUGUCGAACUGCUCAACAAGCCAGCCUUUGCAGAUCUACUGAACAAGCAUACCAAGUUCAUGUUCAAGGUUCUCAGACGUGUAUGCGAAGCCAAGGCAGGCUUGAAGCGCUCCACUUGA